AUGGCUGACGAUUAUCAAGUUCAAGCUAAUGGAAGCGGCGAUCUUCAGAAAAAGCCGUUGCUUGAUUUAUAUGUAAAGGCAUCUGGUAUUGAUAGUAGAAGAAUCGGAGCUUGUCUUUUUUGCCAGGAGUUUUGGAUGGAACUGUUCGCUCUCUAUGAAAUUGGCGUAGCGAGAGUGGAAGUUAAAACAGUUAACGUGAACUCAGAAGCUUUUAAGAAGAAUUUCCUCGGGGCUCAACCUCCUAUCAUGAUUGAGGAAGAGAAGGAAAUGACUUACUCAGACAAUCGUGAAAUCGAGGGCAGAAUUUUCCAUCUAGCGAAGGAGUUCAAUGUUCCUUUAUUUGAAAAAGAUCCUGUUGUUGAAAAAACUAUUGAAUCGUUGUACAGAAACUUCAAGCUUUUUUUGAGAGCUAAAACUGAUUUCGAUAAGGGCAAAAAAGAGCCUAGUUCUGUUGAGAGUUUACCUCCAAACAUUAAAUCUCAUUACAAUAGAAUAGUUGAACAGUUAACUGGAAUAGAUCAGCUCUUGUUUGAACGAAGCUCCAGAUACCUACUCGGUUCAUCAAUGACUGAAUAUGACUGCGAGCUGAUGCCUCGUCUUCACCAUAUGAGGAUAAUUGGGCAGAGACUGUUACAGUUCGAGAUUCCUCACAAUCUUGUUUAUCUAUGGAAUUAUAUUUUGACUGCAUAUCGCACUGCUGCUUUCAUUGAGAGCUGUCCGGCAGAUCAAGAUAUCUUGCAUCAUUACAAAGAACAAUUGAACCUACUCACAAAUCAACGUGAAACUUUACAAGCUCCAACUAAAAAUCAUGCAAUUCCUGAUGAUGUUCUUGAUUCUAUCAAGAGAAAAGGCCUAGCUCCCGACUUAGUUCAUACGAAAUAG